CUGCAUUUAACCACUGUGCCACCUCAGCUCUGUUUGCAAACACUUUCAUUAACUUGACUUAAAAUGCUGUAUUGUAGCACAAUUCACUUUUUUUUUUAUUUUUACUUUCCUUUUUCAUGACUGAGAACCCCCACCCCAUAACCAAUAGAAUCUGGAGUCCCUGUGUUCUCCAUAUUUAUUUUUACCAUUAUUAUGAGAAUCUCUGACACUGCAUAGCAGAAUGUUGUUUAGGAAUGGUGAGUAUUAACAAAGUUCUAGUGUUAAAAGACACAAGAGGGCCUCCCUGAGAAACGAACAGUAAUUUGUGUUCCAAUAUACAAUAUAAACAGUGCUUGAAUUUGCCAGAUACUUCCUGGCAAAGAUAUAUAAUUAAGGGAGGAGAGAAAUGCUUCCUGCUUACACAACUUCACAAGGAAAUAAUGAAAGUAUUGCUACAGAUUUAUAACCUUUGGACUUUGUGCCGAACAGACAGUAGUGCAUGAAUUAAUAUCAGUGCAACUUUCUAGGUGCCUCUUCAGAAAAGCUUCUAUCCUGACACAAAGGUAUGGGACGAAAAGUGGCCAUUAUUGGGGCAGGAGUGAGUGGGCUGGCCUCUAUCAAGUGCUGCCUCGAGGAAGGGCUGGAACCUACCUGCUUUGAAAAAAAUGAUGUCAUUGGAGGACUUUGGCAAUUCACGGACAUUCCUGAAAAGGGAAGGACCAAUGUUUACAGAUCUGUGGUGAGCAACACGUCCAAGGAAAUGACCUGCUUCAGUGACUUCCCAUUUCCAGAAAGCUGCCCCAACUACCUACAUCACUCCUUAGUCCUGGAGUACCUCAAGGAUUAUGCUAAACAUUUUCACCUUCUGGACUGCAUUCAGUUUAAGACUACAGUAUACAGCAUCAGAGAACAUCCAGAUUUCACAACUACUGGACAAUGGGUGGUCUACACAGAGGCUAACGGAAAAAAGGCAUCAACUGUCUUUGAUGCAGUUAUGAUCUGCAGUGGCAAUUUUACAGAAGUUAAUCUGCCCUUAGAUUCUUUUCCUGGAUUUGAAAACUUUAAAGGUCAUUACAUACAUAGCAGGGAAUACAGAGAUCCAAAAGGGUUGGAGGGUAAAAAUGUUCUGAUACUUGGUGCUGGGAACACUGGAGGCGACGUUGCUGUGGAAGUGAGCCGCAUAGCUGCCAAGGUCUUUCUCAGCACCAGAAAUGGAGCCUGGGUACUAAGUCGGAUGUCAAAAGCUGGCUGGCCUAGUGAUAUGGUCUUCCAAACUCGAUUUCUAAGCUUCAUUCAAGGACUUCUUCCUGUCAGAGUUAGGGACAAGUUAUUGGCAAAGAAAUUCAAUCAAUGGUUUAACCAUGAGAAUUAUGGAUUGCUCCCUAUUAAAAGUUCAUUGACAUACGUCAUUAUAAAUGACGAACUGCCCAGCUGCAUCCUCUGUGGCUCAGUGGUUGUAAAGCCAAAUGUGAAGAGGUUUACUGAGACUUCUGCCAUAUUUGAAGAUGGAACUGUAGAAGAAAAUAUAGAUGUGGUCAUUUUUACCACAGGCUAUGCUCCUUCAUUUCUCUUCCUGGAAGAAUCGGUUCGCAAUGUUUGCAAAAGUAGUACAUUCCUUUAUAAACAAGUAUUCCCUCCUCACUUGCAGAAGCUCACACUUGCCUUCAUAGGUUUUAUAUCAGUAACAGGAUCUAUUCUACCAGCAGUGGAACUUCAAGCUCGCUGGGUUACAAGAGUGUUUAAUGGAUUUAAUAAGCUGCCUCCAAUGAACAGAAUGAUGCAUGAAGUUGCUAAGCAGAAGAAAAGGCUCCUUAAAAAGGGUACUUCCAACACAGAGAAAGAAAAGGAAUUAUUUGUUCGCUACAUGGAUGAAAUUGCUGCUUGCAUAGGGGUUAAGCCCAAUGUGUCAUUACUUUUACUACAGGACCCCAAACUAGCUUUGAAAGUCUUCUUUGGUCCUUGUACCUCUUACCAAUAUCGCCUCUGUGGGCCUGGGAAGUGGGAGAAAGCUAGAAAUACAAUUCUGACCCAGUGGGACCGUAUUCUCAAGCCCUUGAAGACUCGGAUCAUAGACAAUUCUUCAAAACAUUUCAAGCCAUCCCUUUGGAAAAAAAUAUUUCACUUCACUGCACUCCUUGGAACGACUAUACUCAUGUUUACAUACGUCGGUACUCAUUUUAUACUAGCUAAGGAAAAUACCUAAUUUUAGAACUUUAUUUUAUAAUUUUACAAGAGGAAUAAACAAAAACUAAUCUGCCAUCAAAGCAGCAUACAAAAGCCAUAUACCAUAUAGGCUGGACUUGGAAAAAUAAUCUUGUAAUAUACAAUAUUUUGCUCAGAAAUAUUAUGAAUAUAUGUUCACCUCAUGGAACCUGUGGUUGUUUCACAGAUUAUGCAGAAUAGCACCCUGACUUUAUGCGAAACUGCAAGUUUUGUCUUCUGUUUAUUUUUCCAUGAUCUUCCCCAUUUUCAUCAGAUUCAGGCAACCUAUAGGCAACUGCCCUAUAAUCCUUCCUUAUUGACUGGUUGUUUUUUUCCAAUAUUGCUUUCUAAGCUGCAUCAAUUGUUUAAA